AUGGUGCCGCUCCAACACCCCCAGAGUCACAUUGCUCCUGGGUGCUUCCUUGGAACCUUUCUAGUGGUUCUACUGUCCACAUGCUCGGAUGCCUGUGGUAAGCCACCAACAUUUGAAAGCAUGCAGAUCGUUGGCAUCCCUAAGAUCACUUAUGGGGCUGGAGAAAGAGUAGAAUAUGCCUGUAAACCAGGAUAUACACGAAGAACUUCAAAUAUCUCCACCGUUUAUGAGGCAAAUGGCCAGAGGUCAGCCAUUUCAAAGAACGCUUGUUCCAAAAAAUCAUGUCAACAGCAGAAUGAUCCUUUAAACGGGAAGAUACACCUUAUAAAUGAAAGUAUUCAGCUUGGAACACAAAUUAAAUUUGUUUGUAAUAAGGGUUUUUACUUAAUUGGCAGCAAAAUUCUGCGUUGUAUUGUUAAAGGAUCAAAUGUGCAGUGGAAUGACCAGCCUCCACAAUGUGAAAAGAUUUUAUGUGCACCACCUCCAAAGAUAAAUAAUGGAACCUUCUCCCCGAGCCACAAGGACAUAUUUGGAUAUAAUGACGUAGCAACGUACAAAUGCGAUGAAACAUCUGGUGGGGAUGAAUUCUCACUUGUUGGAAACAGCCAGAUUCAUUGCUCUGGCAAGGAUGUAUGGAGUAGUGACCCUCCUGAGUGCAAAGUGGUCAAAUGUCCAUAUCCAGUCAUUAAAAAUGGAAAGCUGACAUCAGGAUUUAGUAAGAAAUAUUACUACAGUGCAAAGGUCAUGUUUAAAUGUAACCAGGAGCUUUUCCUCACGGAAGUAACAUAG